CGAUGUUCCCUUCUUGACAAGCAAGAAUCUUUAGGCUCUCGCCUGUGCCUUCAGGUUCGGUAAAUUUUUCGUCGUCGACCUCAACGGCCCAUAUCUUGGGUAGCCUCCCAUCGGAUCAUGUAGGCAGUUAUUCCUGUCUUGUCUUUGGCGUCUAAUGACUUGCAGGUCUUUCGUACAUGCGGGAGAAACGUCUACCCCGCCGAAGGCCCAACAUCGUCAUCGCUGCCCCGCUCCGUUUCUGCAGGGCCUCGGUAAUCCGCUGAUAAAGCUUCCUUCGUACGGAAGACCCCUGCUGCGAGGUAAAAGCUGGCGUGCCAAGGCCUCAGUUAGGGGUCAAUUAUCACCAUUUUUAUUCACCAUCGCCGGCAUCAUUUCAUCACCAGGCUGCGAGUUGAAGCCCUCCAAACUCAACGAUGCUGGGGAAGGGAAUGGUAGAUUCUUAACGGAACCAGGCCUGUCUCAUGUGAGUCAAAGGCACUGGGAAUAUUGGGAGACGGCCAACGACCAAAGGCCGUCUCAGAAUCGUUCAUUCGCGCGCACUCCUGUGGCUGAGCAUGGAACCCAGCCGCGCUCAACCACAUUCAUCAACCACAUCUCGAACGCCACUGGCGCCGAAGUCAGACUGGUCCCUCAUUUAUCCCCAUUUCCGCCUCUGAGGCUUCUCGUCAGGUUGUAUCAAUUCCGUGUGCGUCGAUACAGAAGGCUCGGGGUUCCUUUGCAGCCCAACUUGGGCAUCGAGAGCAUGCCACCAAGUUCCCGCAUUCAUGGCCUGUAGAGAGUGUCGAGGAACCCAAGUGCCGGAUACCUCUGUAAGUGGGUAACCCAGGCUCUGGUGACUCAUUCCAAAAUGCAACACUUUUUGUAUUAUGGAGAAUAUACCAUGCCGACUAGAUGUGACUGUAUUCGUACCUUCCGUCGAGAGCCUCACUAUGGGUUCUAGAAGACCGAAUCACCCGAUGGCCUACAUUACAGCCUUGUGUCCUCGCAGCACAGCCGAGGGACUCUU